AUGGAGACGUUUGACACAGAUGAGUACUUCUACAGCGAUGACAAUGUCAGCUACGAUCUAACCUACCUUGGGGAGCGCUCCGGCUCUGCUCUUCCCUAUUCUCACAUCUACCUGCCACUGUUUUAUUUCCUCAUGUUUUUCACAGGCUUCCUGGGCAACCUCUUUGUGAUCACGGUCAUGGGCAGCAGGGGGAAGAGGAGCGGCCGUCUGGUGGAUACGUUUGUGGUUAACCUGGCACUUGCGGACCUGGUGUUUGUCCUCACCCUCCCUCUGUGGGCCAUCUCGUCCAGUCAGGAGGGACACUGGCCUUUUGGCAACCUUCUCUGCAAGCUGAGCAGCUACAUCGUCGCCGUCAACCGCUUCUCCAACAUCUUCUUCCUGACCUGCAUGAGUGUGGACCGCUACCUGGCCGUGGUGAGCCUCAUGGACUCCCGCGUCCUCCGCAGCAGCCAGUGUGUGCGUCUCACCUGCGCCGUGGUCUGGCUGCUAUCCCUUGCUCUAGGUACCCCCUCCCUGGUGUACCGUAGCAUUCAUACUCCCAAUGGCAAACUCUUCUGUCUGGAGGAUGAAGAGUCGUCCUUCUUCCAGGGUCUGAGCCUGACCAUGGUCUUCGUGACCUUCGCCCUUCCGGUGCUCAUCAUCAUCCUCUGCUACGGCUCUAUCCUGGCCCAUCUGCGCCAACACUGUGUUGCUGCUGGCAACCCUCGCGCGGAAGCCCGACGCCGCCACUCUCUCAAGAUGGUCUUCACCAUCAUCGUGGCCUUUGUGGUGUCUUGGCUCCCCUUCAACAUCUUCAAGACCAUCCUCAUUGGUUUCAGGCUGUCUAGGGCCGAUCUGAGCAUUGAGACCCAGUCUGUCCUGAGUCAGGGCCUCACCGUCUGCAGCUGCUUGGCCUUCCUCAACAGCUGCAUUAACCCAGCCAUCUACCUGUUCCUGGACCACCACUUCAGAGGGCAGGCGGAGAACCUGUUCCUGAGCUGCAUGGGAAAGCUUGGGCUGCACCAAGGCUAUGCCUCGUCCACCGACUUCUACAACGGUACCUCAGAGAGCUGUGGCACAACAGCCUCCAGAACUCGUCUCCAGCCGUUCGACCAAAACAUCUGA